AUGGAUGCGCCGAGAGUUGUGGUUGAUGACAAGUUGAAAGAUUUCAAAGCGUACAUCGCUAAACUUUACGAACAAAGAGAUCAGCACCGUUUCACACUUGUUGAGAGCAAGUCUUCAUUGAGACAAUUCGCAAAAAUGUACACGAUUGAUGGGGUGGGAGGUUAUGGAGCAUUGGACUUUCUUCGAGCUGUAAAACCGAUCGUUAUCGACUUUCUAUUAACGCAGAAAAAUAUCAAGAUGGUGCUCGUUCUGAGGUGUAAUAUGUCAAAGACAAACAUUGCGACGGGCGAGACUGUGCUAAAGCUUGCGUAUUUUAAAUCAUUCAUGGAGAUUGUCUUUCAAGAGACCGAUCGAGAAGAGCUUUAUCAGAAGGGUGUUGACAAAAUGAUGGAGAGCUUGGCUAAAUUUCAAAGAGAGGGAAGCGGUUGGGUUAUCCAUUCGAUUGCGGGGUUGGAUUUGCACACGGUGAAAUACACUCCUUUGAGAGGUUCUUCAUACAUUAAGCUGUCACCAUAUCUCGCAAAUAAGAAGGCUAUCAUAAACAUGAAGAAUGAGGAUGAUGAAUGUUUCAAAUGGUGUGUCACGAGAGCAUUGAAUCCUGUGAAAAAAGACCAAGAGUGUAUCACAAAGAUUUUGAGAAAGCAGGCAGAGAAAUUGAAAUGGGACGGAAUUGAGUUUCCGAUGGGGGUGAAGAACAUUACCCGCUUUGAAAUAUUGAAUCCAGGUAUUACCGUCAACGUCUUCAUGUAUGAAAGAGGACUCCAACCCUUGAGAGUGAGCAAUGUCGAGAGUAGCAAGAUCCAUAUUGAUCUUCUUUUGAUCUCUGCUGGUGAAAAGCAUCAUUACUGUCUUAUCAAAUCUAUGAGUCGACUCGUAUCGCGUGAAUUGUCGAAAUAUGGACAUAAAAAGUUUAUCUGUAAGAGAUGUCUCAAUCAUUUCGGAACUCAGAAACUUCUUGACACACACAGCGAACUUUGUAGAGAACAUGAGGCUGUGAGAGAGAAGAUGCCACCUUCUGGAACUUUUCUCUCUUUCAAAAACCACCACAAGAAGAUGGACAUGCCGUUCGUCAUCUAUGCCGAUUUUGAAUCGAUCAUCAAACCUUUGCAUUCCAUUCAACCGAAUCCUAAAGAGUGUUACACAGAGAAGAAGCAGCAACAUAUCCCGGUGAGUUUUUGCUACUAUGUUAAAUGCUCAUUUGACGAUAGAUAUUCGAGACUGGUUGAAUACACAGCACUGUCUGAGAAUGAAGAUGUUGCACAGAUAUUUGUUGACAUGCUUGAAGAGGAGGUUAAGACAAUAUACAAAAACCAUCCACCAAAAGAGAUGAUCUUCGAAGACAGUGAUGUUGAAAUCUUUGAAAAUGCAACGUGUUGUUGGUUAUGCGAAGGAGAUUUCAAGGAGGGGGAUGAAAAAGUUCGUGAGCAUUGUCAUUACACCGGUAAAUUUCGAGGAGCUGCACAUAACAGCUGCAACCUGAGAUUCCGACGGUCAAAAUUCACUCCUGUCAUCUUUCACAACUUGGCAAACUAUGACGCACAUCUCUUUGUCAGAAAUCUAGGUGUUUCAGAGGGUGAUAUUAAUUGCAUUCCCAACAACGAAGAAAAGUACAUUAGCUUUACAAAAGAAGUGACAGUCGCCAGUUUUACAAAAGAAAAAAUGAAGCUGAUGGAUCGCAAAGAACUGAAAGAAGUGGCAGAAUCACUCGGUCUUUCCAAAUUGUCAAAACUCAAAAAAGAAGAGUUGUUGAAUCUCAUAAAAGAAAAUAACUCUGAAUUCAAUGGUGAAAAAACAGUUGAAAAAGACGUUGAGGUUAAGAGAGAGUUGAGGUUUAUUGACAGCUUCAAAUUCAUGGCCUCUUCUCUUGACAAGCUUGUCAACAACCUCGUCAAAAAGGAUGACUCUUUAGUGAAUACAGGAAGAUACUUUGAUGGGGAGAAGCUUGAACUGUUGAAGAGAAAGGGUGUCUAUCCUUAUGAAUGGUUGGAUUCUAUCCACAAGCUUGAUGAGACUGCACUUCCACCGAAUGAAGCUUUCAUCUCUGUGUUAAGUGGUAGGGGUAUCUCUGAAGAAGACUCUUGUCAUGCGCUGAAAGUGUGGAAAACCUUCGGAAUGAAGACGAUGCGAGAUUAUCACAAUCUUUACAAUAAAGGUGAUGUUCUAUUGUUGUGUGAUGUUUUUGAAAACUUUCGAAAGGUUUGCAAGGAGAACUACGAUCUCGACCCCUGUUGGUACUACACAGCGCCUGGGUUGGCUUGGGAUGCAUGUCUCAAGAUGACUGAGAUAGAGCUUGAGUUGUUGAGUGAUGUCAACAUGUUGCAUAUGUUUGAGAAAGGUAUUCGUGGAGGGAUUAGUAUGAUUUCAACAAGACAUUCUCAAGCUAACAACAAAUACAUGGGGGCGAGGUUUGACCCUGCCCAACCUUCAAAGUUUAUCACGUAUCUCGAUGCAAACAACCUCUACGGUUGGGCAAUGAGUAAGAGUCUGCCGACAGGUGGUUUCAAAUGGGUUAAUGAAAAAGACUUUGGAAAAUGGGAGAAUUUUCCCUGCAUUCUUGAGGUUGAUCUGCUUCCUGUCAAAGAUGAACAACACGAUCACUUCAACGACUAUCCCCUCGCUCCUGAAAAUCUGUUGAUUGGUAAAGUAAAAAAGCUGGUCUGUACCUUGAACGAAAAGAAGAAGUACAUCAUUCAUCACGAGACUCUGAAGCUUUACAAAUCUCUUGGAAUGGAGAUUGGAAAGAUUCACCGCGUCAUCAGGUUUGAAGAGAGCCCUUGGAUGAAAAAGUACAUCGAUUUGAACACAGAGUUGAGAACCAAGGCCGACAACGAUUUCGAGAAAGACUUUUUCAAGCUCAUGAACAAUUCUGUAUAUGGCAAGACGAUGGAAAACAUUCGGAACCGAGUUGAUGUGAGACUUGUCAACUCAGAAGAGAAGGCAGCAAAGUUGGUAAAUAAAGUGAACUUCAAACAAUGUACCAUAUUCUCCGAGAAUCUCUGUGCGAUUCAUAUGAGAAAGACGCAAGUUACCUUCAACAAACCUCUCUAUCUCGGAAUGAGUAUCCUCGAUAUCAGUAAGACAUUGAUGUACGACUUUCACUACAACUACAUCAAAUCCAAGUAUGGAGAUGAUAGAGCAAAGCUUCUCUUCACCGACACAGAUUCUCUUUGUUAUGAGAUUCAGACUGAUGACUUUUACAAAGAUAUAAAAGAUGAUGUGAACUGUCUGUUUGACACAAGCAACAUUUCGAAAGAUCAUUUUUCUGGAAUACCGAGUGGGGUAAACAAGAAAGUUAUUGGAAAGUUCAAGGAUGAAGCUGGAGGAAAGAUCAUUGAAGAGUUUGUUGGUCUGAGAGCGAAGCUUUACAGCUACAAAAUGUUUGAAGAUGGAAAAGAAGAGAAGAAGUGUAAGGGGGUAAAGACAGGAGUGGUAGAGCGAACCAUCAGCUUCGAUGACUAUAAGAGAUGUCUGUUUGGCGGUGGACCUCAGCUUCGAAAAAUGAACACGUUACGGAGUCGAAAGCAUGAGAUGUAUAUGGAAGAGAUCAACAAAGUCGCCUUGUCCGCCGAUGAUGACAAGCGAAUCAUUCUUCCGGACAAAGUAAACACACACGCAAUUGGACAUGAAUGA